AUGAAGGGAAAAGUCUUCUGGGUUAUGUUUGUUCUCGUUCAAGCAGGUUACUUGUUGAACUUUGAACGAAACUCGGGGAACUUUGUCAUUAAUCAUUCCGGAGGCAGGAAGUAUGCUGCUGCACCUGAAUCCGCUUUGAAUGGUCGGAUUCCCAAUAGAGACCUUCCCACAAUUUUGACAGAUGAUAAUACUGAGAUUCCAUAUCGAGAAUCUUCAGUGGCUACAGAAGGAGGGUUAGGAACAAGAUCACAAAAAAACAUAAAAUUUCCGAGGGUUGUGAUAUUAUCAGAAACCUCUCAGAGCGACGAGGGGUCUUCGCCCGAUUACAAUCGUCGCAGUAGUAUAGAUGAUGACUCUGCUGAUGCACCACAAGUUCUUGAAGCAUCAUGGUCAAGAUCACAAGACGACGCUGAUGCAAGCCCGCCCAUUUCCAACCCAAUUUAUGACUUUGAAAGAGAAUGGUUUGACUCCUGUGUACCAGACAUACACCAUCCAAUCCGCCCCACGUGUAACUCCGUCCAUGAGCUCGAUGCUGCUAGCAACGACUUUAUCGACAUGGUACUGAGUAUGGAUGGCAAUUGGAGGGCUGUUCUCCGAAUCGAUGAUCAAGCGAUUCUGAAAGUAUUGCACUUGCACCGGGAGUUUGAUGAUGAAAGUUAUCAAAAGCAUGAAAUGGAUAAUGCUGUCAUGGAACACUUGGCGGGUUCUCCCUACGUUGUUUCAAGUUUUGGUUUCUGUGGGCAAUCGGUCAUUACCCCGUUUGCUCGAAAGACAGGAAAAGCAGUGGCCAAGGACAAGACCUUGCGGAAGAUUGAGCGAUUAAAGUUGGCGAGAAAUUUGGCACGGGGGUUGGCCGAACUUCAUGCAAUGCAGCGGAUUGAUUUUGAUGAUCCAUUACGCAACAGCAGCAAAGAAACCAACAGUGUUCGAAGAACGAUAUCGAAGACUCCAAUGUACUUUGCCCAUCACGACAUUAAUAUUGCCAAUACAAUAUCCAUUCAAGAGAAAUCAAUUCAAUGGAACGACUUUAAUUUGGGAAUCUAUUCCAAGCAUUCAAGAGAGAAUGCAGAAAAGGCCUGCAAGAUACCGAUUCGAUACAGCGGGGAACUCUGGCGGUCACCAGAAGAGAUUCGAAAUUCGACACAUGGGGUUUUGGAAACCGUUCAGCCUUGUGAUGUUUACUCCCUUGGCAACAUUUUAUAUCACAUUCUAACGAAGCAUCAGCCAUGGACUCAUUUGGAAGAUCCACCAGAACCUGAACUGCUGUAUGUUGCGCAGCAAAAGAUAGAGGGGAAACUGCCAACUCUGCCAGAACAGUAUAUGCCAAAGUACAUGGAGCUAAAGGUAAUAUGGAAGGCCACCAAGGCAUGCUUUCGACUGGAUCCAGCAAUGAGGCCAACAGCUCUUCAGUUGGCAGAUGCACUCCAAACGGCUUGCGAUUGGUCACAAGACGAGCGAAUCAAGUCGAAAAUCAAGAACGUUGAUAUAGAUAAGCUAUUUGCUUUUCCAUAA